AUGCGAAACGUUUUACUGAUUUCUUUUCCAAUCGCUCAUCUUUUCAACUUUUCUUUUUACUCAGCUUUUUCUCUCUCACCCUUUAUCUUGGCGUACUUUUUUUUUUUCUUUUACUAUUUGUCUCGGCUUUCUUUUGCUAUCCUUUUACCCUGUGCUUUUAAUCCGGCAUCUAUCUAUCUAUCUAUCUAUCUAUCUAUCUAUCUAUCUAUCUAUCUGUUUCUCCCUCUAUCUAUCUAUCUAUCUAGGAUAGCCCACAUAUCUAUCUCAGUAUGUUCGUAUCUAUCUAUCUGUUCGUAUCUAUCUCAGUCUGUUCGCAUGUACCUGUCUAUCUCAACGUAUUCGUAUCUAUCUAUCUAUCAAGCUGAGGACAACGCAAAACUGAACAGAAAAGAGAAAAAUGAAGUUUGGAAUACUGACAAGCCUGCCUUCUUGCUAGCCUGCAUGCUUUCCUCCCUGUGUGCCUGCCUGCCUGUGUGCCUGCCUGUGUGCCUACCUGCCUGCCUGUGUGCCUGCCUGCCUGUGUGCCUGCCUGCCUGCCUGCCUGACUAUGUGCCUGCCUGUCUGCCUGUGUACCCGCCUGCCAGUGUGCCUGCCUCUGUGCCUGCCUGCCUGCCUGCCUGCCUGUGUGCCUGCCUGUUUGCCUGUGUACCCGCCUGCCAGCCAGCCUGCCUGUGUGCCUGCCUGCCUGUGCGCCUGUCUGCCUGCCUAUGUGCCUGCCUGUCUGCCUGUGUACCCGCCUGCCAGUGUGCCUGCCUGUGUGUCUUCCUGCCAGACUGCCUGCCUGUGUGCCUGCCUGUCAGCCUGCCUGCCUGUGUGCCUGCCUGCAUGUGUGCCUGCCUAUGUGCCUGCCCGUUUGCCUGUGUACCCGCCUGCCAGUGUGCCUGCCUGUGUGCCUUCCUGCCCGCCUGCCUGCCUGUGUGCCUGCCUGCCAUCCUGCCUGCCUGUGUGCCUGCCUGCCUAUGUGCCUGCCUGUCUGCCUGUGUACUCGCCUGCCUGUGUGCUUGCCUGCCAGCCUGCCUGCCUGUGUGCUUGCCUGCCAGCCUGCCUGCCUCUGUGCCUGCCUGCCUGCCUGCCUGCCUGACUGCCUAUGUGCCUGCAUGUCUGCUUGUGUACCCGCCUGCCAGCCUGCCUGCCUGUGUGCCUGCCUGCCUAUGUGCCUGCCUGUCUGCCUUUGUACUCGCCUGCCUGCCUGCCAGCCUGCCUGCCAGCCUGCCUGCCUCUGUGCCUGCCUGCCUGCCUGCCUGA